CUGCGGACCUGAUAGAGGACGGGGGUAAAAGCUAAAAGCGGCAGCAGCGGGACUCUUCCUUUAAACCCGAACCGAGCACCGACUCUCCGGCUGCCACCGGACCUGGCUCCUCUCUACCGGACCCGGCUCGUGAUCCCGGUGUAGCCCGUGAGUUGUGGAUGUGACCCGUCUUAUCUGAGGUUCAGCAAGAAGUUCAACCAACACAAACUCUCUGUGGCGCCACCAGUGCAUUAUGGGAUUUGCGGCAUUUACCUCCCUCCUCCUCAGCGUGGUGACAUCCUCGGCGUUUGCCGGAGUGAUCGGUAUCAUUCAGGGUGGCGCUGUGCGGUGUCCUCUGCUGUGUGUGUGUGAGACCAGACCCUGGUACACGCCUCAGUCCAUUUUCCACCAGGCCAGAACUGUGGACUGCAAUGAGCUGCAUCUCCACUCGGUUCCAGCCAACGUCUCCUCAGAUACUCAGGUUCUGCUGCUGCAGAGCAACAACAUCUCCUCCAUCGACACAGAGCUGCAAGGUCUGACCAACUUAACAGAACUAGACCUGUCCCAGAACCACUUCACCCAGGUGAGCUCAAUGGGUCUGUCCUCCCUGGGCCAGUUGGUGACUCUCUACCUAGAGGAGAACCACAUUGAGGUGUUGGAGGACCUCAGUUUGAGGAAUCUUUCCAGUCUGGAGGAGCUCUACAUUAACCACAACCGCAUCUCCUCCAUUGGACCUAAAGCCUUCACCGGACUCACCAACCUGCUACGGCUCCACCUGAACUCCAACCGGCUGGUGGCCAUCGACAGCCGCUGGUUUGAGUCCCUGCCAUACCUGGAGAUCCUGAUGAUCGGGGAGAACCCCAUCUUGGGUCUAGAAGAGAAGAACUUCUUGCCUCUGUCUCGCCUUCAUAGCCUGGUCCUUGCUGGGAUGGGCCUGGUCUCCGUCCCUUCUGCGGCCUUUCUGGGCCUUGACUACCUGGAGAGUCUCUCAUUCUACGACAACCGGCUUAGGUCAGUUCCUCAGGGCGCACUGAGUGUGCUCUCCAGCCUAAAGUUCCUAGACCUGAACAAGAACCCAAUCAGCCGCGUUCAACAGGGAGAUUUCCAGAACUUUCUGCACCUGGAGGAGCUCAGUCUGAACAACAUGGACGAGCUUGUGAUGGUGGAACGAGCAGCUUUCAAGAACCUUCCGGAAAUUGUUAAACUGGAAAUCUGCAGCAACAAGAAGCUGUCUUACAUCGACCCAAAGGCCUUCAGUGAGCUGUCCUCCCUGCGGACCCUCCUACUCCACAGCAACCAGCUGAGCCUCCUAUCUGGAGACCUCCUCUCUUCCCUCCCUUCCCUAGAGGAGGUGUCUCUUCACUCUAACCCUCUAAGGUGUGACUGUCUCACCUCCUGGGGGACUCACCUCAGCAACCAGUCGCACCUCAAGGUGCUUGAGUCUCCAAUCACGCUUUGCUCCUCCCCACCUCACCUGGUUGGCCGGGAGCUGCAGGAAGUGGUGGGUUCGGGGUGGGGCGGCUCCGGGGGAAACAGCUGCCUCCCCCACAUCUCCCCCCACACCUUCCCCCCCACCAUUAAUGUCAGCGUAGGGCAGCCAAUCACGCUGGAGUGCUGGGCAGAUGCCGACCCUCUCCCCCAGUUCUACUGGGUGACGCCCACCGGAGACAAGGUGAGCUCGGAGGCUGUGGCUGGACCAAUCGUACCAGAGGAGGGGCUCGGCCUGAGUACUAGCAGCAGGAAAAAGAAGCACCGUGUCUUGGAGUCUGGAGCAUUGAUGAUUGAACAUGCGGAGCCUUCAGACGCAGGUGUGUACACUUGCGUGGCGUGGAACAUGGAGGGAGCCGACACUAAGAGCGUCUUGGUAAACCUACAAGGAUUCGUGGACUCGUGGACCGGUCGGCUGGUCCGGUUGAUGAGGAACCAGUCCGGCGCUGCAGCCUCUCUGGUGGUGCUCGCCAAGGUAGUGCACGCCCAGUCAGUGGUGUUGGAGUGGAAGUUGUUUUUUGGUGGUAGACCUACUACCACGGGUCAGAACCAGCAGGGGGUUCCCCUUCCUCUGGCCCGCUGGACGAGUGCCACUGUGCACAUCGACAACCCUCAGAUCAGCUACACCGCCAAGGUCCCAGUGGACGUCCAGGAGUACAACUUGACUCACCUCCUUCCUGCCACAGAGUACCGCGUCUGCCUCACCGUUUCCUCCACUAUUCCUCCACCAUUCUCCUCCCCCCCUGUCUGCACAUCGUGUCUAAACAUCACCACCCGGGAGGUGGGCUUUCUGGUGGAGCCAGUGCCGUCACGUCGUGGCGGAGUGGCGUUGGCGGCUGUGAUGGGCUCCAUGUUCGCGCUGUCCAUUAUGGUGCUGCUGGUGGUCUACAUGGGCAGGAGGGUCCGUUUCCACGAGGCCUGUGGCCCCUCACUGAAGGAGUACAUGACGCACACCUCCAUCCCACUCAGCGAGCUGUACCCCCCCCUUAUCACCCUGUGGGAGAGCGAGGCCGAGAAGGACAAGGGGGAGGAGGCAGGGGCAGGAGCGAGUCCGGCGGGGAUUCAGAUCGACACCACCAAGACGUACAUGUGGUAGUGGGAGCAGGGAGAGGAGCAGGAGCUGGAGGACGAGGUUGUCAAGGAUGAUCUCAAACAUCGACUCUGGACUUGUUUCACACUUGAGGUUCAAGCUAUGGUUGGGGGGCCAUUAUCGUUAUGUCAGCUUGUUCUUACAGGCCCCUAAAAAUAUUCUUAUUCCUCAAAUGAUUUACAUUGUCUGAUCAACAUUGUGCACAUUAUUAUUACCUGCUGUUCACCAAACCUGCUGUUUAAAGUAUGGUUACUGUACACUUUUUCUACAACAAUCAUUUGUUAAAUAAUUCAGUUUGAAAAAUUGUUUAAAAAUUGUUCAAUUAUCUUCACGACUAAGCUUCAAGAAAAUGUAUUUAAAGAAAAGAAAGUGACAGUUGGGUGUUCAAUAAGACUUUCACUUUUGAACCAAACAUACAAACAAACUGACAAAUGAACCAACAAACAAAACAUCUGACUGCUUGACUGAUUUGGGACCUUUGGUCACUCUAUUGUGUCUGCACACCAGUGGUUGUUGUGGUGACGGUGGUUGUCGUGUAUAUGAAUCGAUUCACCUCAAAAGCCACUGUUAUGUCCACCUAAAUAAACUUUAUUCACACGCUA